GGCCGGGACGUGCGCAGACGCGGGGACGGCCGUGCCCCUCAGGAGCAACAUGGCCGACUUCGAUACGAUAUAUGAGCUGGACGAGGAGGACGAGCGGGUGGUGAUAGAUGAACAUUUGAUCCGAUAUACUCCGGACCCCGUGGUGGUGCGAGGGGCUGGCCAUAUAACUGUGUUUGGCCUCAGCAACAAAUUUGAUCCAGAAUUUCCCUCUGUGCUUACAGGGAAGGUGGCUCCAGAGGAGUACAAGAUGAGUAUUGGUCGGGUAAAUGGAUGUUUAAAGAAAAAUCUUCCCAUCAAUGUGAAGUGGCUUCUGUGUGGUUGUCUAUGUUGCUGUUGCACCUUGGGCUGCAGUUUGUGGCCUGUCAUCUGUCUCAACAAAAGAACUAGAAGAUCAAUACAAAAGCUGUUAGAAUGGGAGAACAACAGAUUGUACCACAAGCUUGGUUUGCACUGGAAGUUAAGUAAAAGGAAAUGUGAGUCCAGUAACAUGAUGGAAUAUGUAAUACUAAUAGAAUUCUUACCAAAAUUUCCUAUAUUCCGACCGGACUGAGAAAAGCUUCAGUCGUCGAAGUAACAGCAUAUCAUUCCCGCCCUUAGUGCCUUGUAGAUAUAUGAACAGAUGACUGCCAAUACAGCUGUUUUAACAAUAAUCUACCGUGGUGAUUGUAGAUACCUUUCUAACCUACUUUCCUUCUUUCACGAAGCACAUUUUGCACAUGUAUUAUUUUCCCUUUCUCUAAAAUGUUGCACUCAAUCUGUUACGGCAUUCACUUGUUGAAUGUGGAGAUGUUCACUUUGGGGGGAAAAAAACUCAAAUCUUGUACGUAGUGCUUCAGUCCAUAUUGUACAGUGGCUAUAUUAAUGUUUACAGAAUGUAAUGUUGCUCCUUUUACUUCACCCCAACAAUCUAAAAAUAUGGAAGGACAUUUUAGUUAAUUAUGAAUUUUUGUGCAGAUUUUAGUCUGUAUGCUAUAUUCAUAAUGGGAUUAGCAAUGCAACUGGAUGAAGAAGUGCCUUUAUUAUAGUAAGACAUAAUUUGCAUUGAAGUAAUGUACACUGCAUGUGAAAAACCGCUAAGGAAGUGGAUUAGAUAAAACUGUUAUUUCUGUGUUAGAACUUAAGUAUUCUCAUAAUUAUUGGCAUCUACAGGUAACUAAAUUGUUAUUACAGCAAAAGUUUUGAAUAUUAUUUUCAUUUGGAUGAAGGAUGAAAUGGAUAGAAGAUUCACUGUAUGGUGCUUGUUAACAUGUUUCUCUCCACCCCAUAAUCAUCUUUUAACCUCUGCUUUUGCCUGAGUAGUUUUGCUGAAACUGAAAGCCAUUUCACGUUUGAGAAUCACUUUUAGUGGUAACACCUCUCUUUUUCAUCACAUUGCUAAAUAAGGAUUUUAUAUAUUGUGAAGUUUUUAUUAUGAAAGAAGGAUCCAUUAUUAAUAUUUAUGUCAACAAUAGUUUUUAAUUUCUCUUCCUUCAAAGCAUACUCCUGGAGUCAUUGUUGCCAUUCUAUGCAGAUUUAGGGGACAGAAUUAGUAAACAUGCCAAUUAAUUGUUGCUAAACUUAUCAGGAAUAUUAAUUUUGCUAAAUUUUAUUUUUUAAUUAAGCACAGUUUUUAGUAAGUGGUAUUAGACACUUUGCAAACCUUUUGAGGAGCCAAAAUUCCUUAGUGUCUCAUUGAAUUUGCUUUGUAGACUUUCAGUAACGCCUUUUUGCUUCAAGGAUAUAUUAACUAGUAUCAUACUUUUUUGCAACUUGAGGCAGAACGUUAUGACUCUUUUUUUUUUUAGUACAUGUACCUGCUACACUUCUACUGUGUUCUGUAACAAUGUUUCUUAGUUGACCGUAUAGAUACAGAGAGGGUGCCUCAUUUAAAGUGUUAGAGCCUUUGUUGCACUGAAGCUCAUCUCUCCAGUAGCCAAAAUCUCAUCACAAAAUCCAGCUACAGUUUUAAUGAUGAUUUAGUUCAUUUGCCUCCGCUGCUCUUCAUGCAAACCAUUGCAAAACUUAAAGAUCAUUCUUUUGAAUUUUACAUUUGUCCUUUUUAAUCUUUCCUCUGGCUUACAUUGAUAUACAUUAACAUUAUACUUAAGGUAGUUUGUUGAGUUGCAGCUCCUGUUUGGUUUCUGUGUCCAGUCCCCAUUCCUAACUCAUACUUCAAAUUAACACACUUUUUAUUGUCAAAACUUAUAUUUGUCUGUUUGCAAUUUUAAAACAAAAAUCAAUCUGGAGUAUAAAUUUAGCACAUGAAUUUUAGCCACUUAUUGUUAAAUUAAGUAAAUUUGAUCUAUAGAUCUGGCGAAGUGCCAAAUUAGUUGUGGUUUACCUGUGGAAAUAAUUGUUUGCCAGUUAAUCAGAAAAGACAGAUCUUAGGAUAAUUUUCUCUUCAAUUCACCUUGAUUUUUAUUCUGCAGAUUAUCACUGCCCAACCAAUUUGCAUAUUAUUUUACAGUAACUUCUAAUAUGAAGGGAAAUUUGGUUCGCAAGAGCCAAAAUCAUGGUCAUGACCAUAGAGUUACAUUUUGCACACUUUUUGCAACCAUCUGCAAUGCACAUUCUCUCUCUCUCUCUCUCUCUCUCUCUCUCUCUCUCUCUCUCAUUUUAAUUUUGGUAAGUCAUUUAUCUAACUCUAAAUGGGUUCUUUAAAGACGAUCUUAUUGCAACAAUGUUGCUAAAAUGAUAGUAAGAAAGGGAUAUGUACUGGAUUGCUCUGAGCUAAAAUAAAUUACAUAGGAUUUCCACAAAUCUCAUAUCAAACAUUGUAUGUUUAGCAUGUUAGAUAUUAGUAUUGGCCUGAAUUCUUGUACUGUAAUGCAGUUCAUGUUGCCUAUUUUAGUAUAAUUAUGCUCUUUGCAAGAAUUUUACUUCGUAAUUUAAUAGAAAAUGUUACAAGAUUAGUAAUUUGAAAGGUUCAUGAGAUGGCUAUGUGCACCCUUGUGUUCCUACAUUUUUUUUAAAUAAUCUAUACAGUUGCUGGUACAGGUCCUAAGAUGAAGGAGAAUGUUCCAUCUCCAAUAUUUUUGAAUGUUUCAGUUUUUAAAAUUUAAUUGCAGUUUGUUUUGUUCACUUGGAAAUGCCACAAAUUGAUCUUGUUAACCGCAGAAAACAAAGUUUCAAAAACAGGUUAUGCUAUUAGAAGCACUUUCUACAAAUCUGCUUGUUGCUUGCGGAUGAAGCAGUUUAAAAAUUGGUCCAACAAUCAGUACUACAAUAUGGUUGCAUAGUGGACUAUAUACAACUUAAAUUGCAUCAGAACUUAAAGCAUUAUUUCCUGACAACACUUUGUGAAGAAUGUAGAAUAAACAUUUCACUACAUGUAACUUUUUUUAAACUAAUUUUAAUUAUUUAGUAAGUUAUUCAACAGCUUAAAAGAUUCUUUGUGAAGUAGAGCUUGUUUUCAGUCAAUACUCAAAUGAUGUUAGCAGAAGAAAGUAAAUUAAUUCAAACAUUUUUAUUUAAAUAAAGGAAAAUUUGCAAAGGUUUACCAUUGUUACAUAAUUGGUUACGUUAUUAAAUAUGGACUGGGGAAAGAAGAAAAUCUAUCCUAAUUGUUCAAACAGAAAUUGAAUUUCAUUAUUGUCACACCUAAGCUUUGCAAUGUAUUCCAAUAACAUCAUUCAAACCACAUGCUAAAAGUGUUGUGCUGUAGACCAACGGAAAGCACAUGGAUAGAUAUCAGUGUUUAAUUAAACCUUACAAAACUAUUGGCUUGAUCAGCAAAACGCUGUUCUUCAUUUGAAUUGUACGUGGCGUUAGAAAUUCUUACCCGGUCAGUAAUUCAAACAAUCAUGUUGCCAUUGUUUGAAUCUUUAUCACUUAAAAUAUCUAAUUCCCUUUCUUCUCUUCUCCAUCCCUCCUAUUGUCAUAAUUAAACUUACUAUUGUCUGUUUUGUGUAUUUAUAGAGUGUACUACUUUUCAUUCUACUGGGUCAUUUAUGAAAAUGCAUAAAUUAAAAAAAGUUUAAAAAUA